UUGAAAAAUAAAAUUUGGUUAUUUUUAAUCGAUAAAAGUUAUUCAUACUGAAUCGAGUUUGUUUCUUUGUAUAUUAAAAAUAAAACAAAUAAGAUAAAGUAUAAUCGCACAAACAAUGGCAGAAGAAAAAGUAGAAAGCAAUGAUAAAAUGGAAAAUGUGCAAACCGUUAGUGUAGAUGAUAAAAUGAAAGUUAAACCUGAUGACAAGAAUAGACCAAAAACUCAAAAAUCAGGAGAACCAAAUGACAAAAUUAAUAAUCGGAGUAAUAAUAAUGAAUCUGGAAACUGUUAUUGUGGAAAAGAAAGAAAUCUAAACAUUGCAGAAUUAUUAUGCGCAAGCUGUUCAAGGUGGUUUCAUGAAUCUUGUAUUGGAUAUCAAUUAGGCAAAUUAGUUCCAUUUAUGAUGAAUUAUGUUUUUAUGUGUAAAAAUUGUUCACCUACUGGAUUAGAAAGUUUUAAAAAAAAUCAAGCACCAUUUCCUCAGAUGUGUGUAACAGCUAUUGCUAAUUUAUUACAAAUGUGUCAAAAAGAAAGUGAACAGAGAACGUUGUUUCAUAAAGAAAAAGAUAUAAUACCUUUCAUUGAAUGUCAUUGGGAAAGUAUGACAACGAUGCCACGCAGAGUCACAAAUUCUUGGCACGUUACUAUACACAGAGCAUUAAUGAAAGAUGUUGGUACAUUAUUUACCGUGGAUGAAAGUAGUACGGAAGGUCCAUUAUUUGGGCUUGCAAACCCAGAUCUUAUGUUAAUUAAACCUAAUUAUGAAGCAAUGAUUAAGGGUGGUCAUUUAAAAGUUACUGAAAUGGGUGUUCAACAUGUUGUGCCACUAAGUGGAGGAUUACGUGGUCGCAAUGCAAAACGUAAACUACCCGGAGAAGGUGCAGGUACUGGGCCUGGAAAAAAGGGUAGAAGUUCGGAUAUGGCAGCACCAAAAUUACCAGCACACGGUUAUCCUUUAGAACAUCCUUUUAACAAAGAUGGAUAUAGAUAUAUACUUGCUGAACCAGAUCCUCAUGCACCUUUUAGACAAGAGUUUGAUGAGAGUAGUGAUUGGGCAGGUAAACCAAUUCCUGGUUGGUUGUACAGACCUUUAAGCCCAAGUGCAGUAUUACUUGCAUUACAUGAUCGUGCACCACAAUUAAGGGUUUCUGAAGACAGAUUAGCAGUCACUGGUGAAAAAGGAUAUUGCAUGGUCAGAGCUACCCAUAGUGUAUGUAAAGGAACUUGGUAUUGGGAAGCAACGAUUGAAGAAAUGCCUGAAGGGUCUGCUACCAGGCUUGGUUGGGCACAAGAAUACGCUAAUCUUCAAGCACCGUUGGGUUAUGACAAAUUUGGAUAUUCUUGGAGAUCCAGGAAAGGUACGAGAUUUCAUGAAAGUAGAGGAAAACAUUAUAGCAACAGUUAUGGGGAAGGAGAUACAUUAGGAUUUCUUAUAUCUUUACCUGACACAUAUGAUGCAUCACAUAUUCCAAAUACAUAUAAAGACAGACCAUUAGUCAAAUUCAAGAGUCAUCUUUAUUACGAGGAGAAAGAUCAAGUACCAGAAGCAUUAAAAGCUUUGAAAUCUUUAUCAGGAAGUAAAAUUGUCUAUUACAAAAAUGGUAUUAAUCAAGGAGAAGCUUUUAUAAAUAUUAACAGAGGUGCAUAUUAUCCAACAGUUUCAAUACAUAAAAGUGCAACAGUUUCAGUUAAUUUUGGACCUAAUUUUAAAUGUCCACCUACUGAUACCACUUUUCGUGGUAUGCAUGAUAAAGCAGAAGAAGCUAUUGCUGAACAAUCUAUGGCUGAUAUACUUUAUCUUACCGAAAAUGAAGGAAGAUUAAGAUUAGAUACAUUUUCCUUGUGACAUUAAUAAUACAUUUUAUU